AUGUCUCAACUCUACAGAGACAUCGUGUUUGCAGCCCCAAAUGCAAGACUUGGGCUUCCCGAGGUUAAUGUCGGCCUCUACGCUGGAGCUGGUGGUCUUUCUCGGAUUGUGAGAUCCGCUGGAACACAAAUUGCGUCCGAGGUGGCACUUACUGGCCAUCAUAUAUCAGUCCGGGAGGCAUUUUCCUGGGGAUUGAUCAACAAGAUUUCAAAGAGCGAUGAAUCUGUGGUUCCUGAGGCCAUCGAGACUGCAGUUUUAAUCGCUAGUAAAUCCCCCGAUGCCGUUAUUGUCAGUCGGGCAGGCUUAAGACAAUCAUUGGAAAGUGGUAGUGUCGAGCGAGCUACGCAGAUUACAGAGCAACAAUGCCUUCAGUCUUUAAAGAUGGGUGAAAACUUCAAAAUUGGAUUGAAAGCAUUUUCCGAGAAAAGGGUUCCUCAGUGGGUUCCCUCUCGCUUAUAG